GCUGGAGACUGACGUUGUUGUGGACGCCAUGUUAGCCGCUUGAGGGGCGAGAUACCGGAACGCAAACGGGAGGGACGGCUGCGGCGAGACGCUCGUCUUCAUCCGGCAAUGUUUCCCAUCUAGCCGAGCAGGAGUGAUACGAAGCAGGAAGAGGGCCUGAACUGUACAACGGAAAGUGACCGCACCGAGCAGCAGUUUUCCGCCUUCAGAGAGUCGCUUCCAGUCAAAGUUAGGAGGGUUAGUCCCCUCGGCACAUCUAGCCGCUAAACCCAGGAUCUACCCCAGCAUCGUUGAUUUUAGCUGGACUGGAAAUAUGGCUUGCGGGGCUACUUUGAAAAGGACUGUGGAUUUCGAUCCGUUAAUGAGCCCGGCGUCACCCAAGCGGAGGCGUUGUGCCCCGCUGUCUCAGUCCAGCUCGUCCCCGCAGAAAUACCUUCGCAUGGAGCCGUCACCUUUCGGCGAGGCGUCGGCCAGACCCAGCACAGAGCAAAUCCUGUACAGCAUAAAACAAGAAUAUAAACGCAUGCAGAAGAGGCGUCAUGUGGAGAACAGCUUUCAGCAGACGGAUGCCUGUUGCUCCCCAGAUUCUCCUCCGCUCCCCUCCGUCCUGAGUGGACCCACGCUGCCAGGGCUUAACCUUUUGAAAAAAAUCUCUCAAGGUACAUUGGCUGGGGCAUCAUCACCAACUAGGAAAGAGCAGCCUUUAUUUACAUUAAGACAAGUAGGAAUGAUCUGCGAACGUCUGUUGAAUGAACGUGAAGACAAGGUCCGAGAGGAGUAUGAGGAGAUACUGACCUCAAAGCUAGCAGAACAAUAUGAUGCUUUUGUGAAGUUCACACAUGACCAACUGAUGCGACGAUUUGGAGAGCAACCUUCUAGUUAUGUAUCCUGAGGAAAGCCCCAGUGACAGCUGUGGGUGCCCCUUUGCUCUACGACUGCAGCGAACCGUUACGACGGAUUGUCACAAACAUUUACAGAGACGUUUGAUGUAGGAAUGGUAGCAGUGCCAUUGUUUCCCCUUUGGACACAGGCUGCUUGACGCUUCCUGUCAGUGAUGUAAAACAAAAAUCGCGGCUAGGGGCUUCCUGAAGUAACUGCGCAUACGGACAUUGCCCUUAAUUCCUACCAGUGGCCUGUGGCAUUAGCUGUAUUAAUAUUGUUCUUUAGCUCCUUAUUGAUUUCCUUUCCCCCCAUUCCAUUUUUUAUGUGUACCAUAGCAGUGUAGCAUAGUGUGGGUUUUUUUGGAGGUCAGUCUGUAAAGAAUGAUUGGGCUGAAGGCAAGUAGCUGCAGUCCCUGGCCUUGUCUUCUUUAGUGUCCCACAGGUCACAAUAAGCAUUUCUGCAUAGCAAGUCAUAUGGUGGACAAGUUACCUCCCCCGGUUAUUUAUUUUGAUCUUGUUCUUUUAAUUGCCCCUACAUGGACUUCAAUAAAAAAAAAAUAAAGUUACAUCAAGAACA